AAUCUUGUCAGUGGUUGGGAGUAGAGUAUAUAAGCUCAGCAAAAACCUGUUGUUGAUCACACUGCUCAGUCAGAAGGAGUUGGUAACAUAGGAGCUGGUAACAUCAGACACUGCAACACCAGAGGACAAGAUGUUUACACAAAGACAGACAUACCUGCACAACGCCCUCUUCCCAGCAGUGGCAGUUCUGCUUCUCCUGGCCACAGUAGGACAAUCUGCUGUUCUCACCAACAACCUCCUGACUACAGCAGCUCCUCUGUCAGUUUCUGCUCUGACCACACAGCCCGACAACAGCAGUAUGGAGGAACCUCGGGUUCAGCACGUACACAGAUCAUGUGGAAGCGAACAUGAGAACUACUGUGAAAACGGUGGCGAGUGCAUGUACCCACAGGACAGUGACAAACCAUCCUGCAUCUGCAAGUCCUCAUACAGUGGGCCUCGCUGCCUGUUCUAUGACCCAAGCAAACCCACUCGCUCUCUGCCUGAGGUAGAGCAACUGAUUGGCAUCAUUUUUGGUGUAGUCAUGGUUGUCCUUAUUCUGGCCAUCAUAAUUUACUGCAUUGUCUAUAGGAGGUGUGUAAAAUCAGCACCACUCAUAAAAUCUGCACCGUCUGAGACCUCAGUGUGACUCCUGCAGCUCACUGUUCCUCUCUUUCAUCGUUAUCAUCAUCAUUGUCAGUGCUGACACACAAAGCAAUUAUGAGACUCUAGACUUUUUUUUGGUUGUACUUUAUUGGACUUUUCAUUUGAUGUGUUUAAAGAAGGCCAUGACUCAGUCUGACAUCAUCAUUUAAACAAGCAGAUGUGAAGGACUAAACUGUGUCAGACCUGGUUGGGCCUUUUAUAUUGAACAGGGUCAGAUAUUAAUCAUUUCAUUGUCCUUUAAAGACUGAGGGUGAGAUCAUUUCCCUAUUUAUUGUAAUAUACAAAUUAACUUAUUGAGAGUGAUGUUUAUUUAAAUGUUUAAAUAAUAAAUAAAGUUAUGAAAAUGAA